UAACCCGAUCAGAUAGGCGGACUGGCAGCGACGCACCCUCGCAUCACUGCGCGUGUGUGUGAGUGUGUGUGUGAGUGUGUGUGUGUGUGUGUGAGUGUGAGUGCGUGUGUGUGUCUUGAGUAGUUUUUUUUUUUUUUUGCUCCUAUUUUUUUUGGUAACCAUAGCUGGAUGUGUAGGACGUCACGUGUUGUUUUGCCUCUUUUACUUCAGUCACUUAGCGAUGCGUGUUAUUUACUGCCGAACUGCUCUGGACAGCGAACGUGAAGAUCCACGCUGAAACCGAACCCACGGGCUCGAGACUGCGUCCGCCGAGGCUUGGCGCUCCAAGUUCCAAGCAAAAAGUGGAGAGUUUUCAGGGCUGCGGCAUGGCGAGUCCGCCGUCGGCGGGCCUUAACGCGAAUAACAGCGGCGUUAGGAAGUGCGGAUACUUAAAGAAACAGAAGCACGGGCACAGGCGGUUUUUCGUGCUGAAGACGCAGGGCGAGGGCUACGCCGCGCGCCUGGAGUACUACGAGAGCGAGAAGAAAUGGAAGAACAAGGCGGCUGCCAAGAGGGUCAUCGCUCUCGACUCGUGCCUGAACAUCCACAAGCGGGCGGACGCCAAACACAAGCACCUUAUCGCUCUGUACGCCAGGGACGAAUACUUCGCCGUGGCCGCCGACAGCGAGCAGGAGCAGGACGGCUGGUUUCGAGCCCUGACGGGCUUAAUGAACGAAGGCAGACGGUUCGACGGCGCGGCGCCCGGUUCCGCGUCAUCUCUCGUGGGAUUUGACGAAGCGAACUACGGCACGGUAACGCCGGUGAGCGCCGCGUACAAGGAGGUAUGGCAGGUUAAUCUAAAGUCGAGAGGACUCGGGCAGAGUCGGAAUUUGACCGGGGUGUACAGGCUGUGUUUGUCGAGUCGCACGGUGAGCUUCGUGAAACUGAACUCGGAGGUCGCCUCCGUGAGCCUGCAGCUGAUGAACAUUCGCCGGUGCGGUCAUUCGGACAGUUUCUUUUUCAUAGAGGUCGGUCGGUCCGCCGCCACGGGACCCGGCGAGCUGUGGAUGCAAACGGACGACUCCGUGGUGGCGCAAAACAUCCACGAGACGAUCCUAGAGGCGAUGAAGGCCAUGAAAGAGCUUUCCGAGUUCCGGCCACGCAGCAAAAGCCAGUCCUCCGGUACUAACCCCAUCUCCGUGCCCACGAGGCGCCACUUGAACAACCUUCCGCCGAGUCAGACGGGACUGGCGCCUCGACGGGCACGGACCGACAGUAUGGCAGCGACGUCGCCGGUGACUAAGUUUACCUCCUGUAGAAAUCGCACGGCGAGCGAGGGCGACGGAACCAUGGCGCGGCCGUUGUCGGUGUCCGGCAGCCCCGUCAGUACCGGAGCGAACCGGACGCAUUUGAGCCGGUCCAACACGGUCACCGCGCGCCCUUGCAGAACAUUCGAGUCCCCCUCCCUCAAGCAUAGUAAGUCUAUGUGCAUGUCCGUGUGUCAGUCGCCUCCGCCGGCUACUAGCCCUGUCAGUCUGUCCUCCGGUAGCGGCAAUGCCUCUAAUCUCGACAGUGCUCCCCGCCCCGCCAGCUGCACGGCCUCGGUCGCCGGCUCGCCUAGCGAUGCCGGUUUCAUCUCCUGUGACGAGUGUGGCUCCAGUCCAGGAGACGUGCGCCACCUGCUAAUGGCUACGCGAAGCGUUACACCGGAGUCCUUUACCGAAACACCGCCGUCGCGCGAGGGCAGUGACUUGAACGGCUACAUGAUCAUGGAGAAGCAGAGCGCCGGAAACGUUUUCGUCCACGGCCACGGGAGACGCAGCGCGCGCUUGGCGGAGGACGGCGGAGGGGACGCAGAGAAAGCCUACAGGAAGAGGACGUGUUCGCUUACCAUGCCUCUCCAGAAGAGGGGGCCGUCACGAGUGUCUUCCGCUUCCCUGGACGAGUGCACGCUCAUGAGGGCCACUUUCAGGAGCGGAGCUCACUUGGGGCGCGGCUCGCACGCCACUUCGCCAAAAGUCGCGUACCCCGAGGACUACGGCGACGUCGAGAUCGGAUCCCUGCGCAAAAGCCCCGGCGGCACUCUGGGUGACGACGGCUACAUGCCAAUGACGCCCGGCGUGGCACCGCUGGCCGGCAAGACAGAAAUCUACAUGCCCAUGAGUACCAUGUGUGUGUCAGCCCCGAAGCAGAUCAUUAACCCCAGGACACACCCCCUGACUGUGGUCAGUGGCUACAGGACCACCCCCCCUAGCAGCUGCUCCCUGGACGACGGCGGCUACAUGCGGAUGCUGUGCGGUUCCCGGUUUUCCGUGGAGAGUUCGGACGGGAAACUGUCCAACAGCGAGUACCUCAACAUGUCCCCUGUAGAUCCCUGCAUGCCUGCCACACCCCCUGACUACUUCCCCACCACCACCGGGGGCACGGAGCAGACCCCCCCGCUCCGACAGCCCUGUGCGUACGGCACCCUGCCGCGCUGUUGCAAGCUCCGGCAGGGCCCCAAGGACAGCGACCAGUACGUCCUCAUGAGCCUGCAGGCUCAGAGGAUCACGGAGGAGCUGGUGAAGGCAGCCCCCAAAAGUGCCCCCGCUCCACCCAGGCAGGGCCGGGUGGAAGGUCUGCUCCACAGGGCCCGGACCAGCCGACCUACCCGCCUUCCCCUGGACUCCCUGUGCACCCUGCCCAGCAUGAACGAGCACCCCCUCCCUCCGGAGCCCAAGAGCCCCGGCGAGUACAUAAACAUAGAUUUCGGACGCACCAGCCAGAGAUACUCCCCACCCUCCUCUGAGAGCCCGGCCUCGUCUCUCGGCUCCUCGGGUGAGCAGAGGAGGUCCCCUCUCUCCGACUACACGAAUGUCAACACCAGCACCGAGUCGCCCAAGGUCGGAGACGUCGCCCCGUUCGGCCCGCUCCGCGCCAUGCCAGGGCUUUCGGCCCGCGACGCCCGGCCGGAGGAGCAUUGCCACCUCGCCACGCAGGUGCCACCCGUGCGGCAGGCUGGCGCGGCUAACGAGGAUUACACCGAGAUGACGUUCGCCGGGUCCGGCUCCCCUCCCCCGCCCACCGAAUCUCAGCCCACCCGAGCCGUGCGCAAACCACCAGCCCGACGUCCUGCGUGCGAGGCCAAUGCAGCCGGCCCGGCUGGGGCAGCUCCCCUCGAGUCCUUCCUGCUGGCGGGCGGCGCCGCGCCCCCGGUGGACCCGGACCGAGGCGCCAAGGUGAUCCGCGCAGACCCGCAGGGACGCAGACGGCACAGCUCCGAGACGUUCUCCUCCACCACCACGGUCACGCCCGUUUUCCCGUCCUUCGCCCGCGACGCCAGGCACGGCUCGGCCUCCGUGGAAAAUGUGUCCGCGCUGGCGAGGAAGGGCGAGGGCUCCGAGGAGCAAUGCGGGAGCCCCAUGUGCAGGGAGACGUCGGCGGGCUUCCAGAACGGACUCGACUGCAUCGCCCUGAGCCUGAUGGAUGAGAGACGGGCCAGCUGUGAUGCUCUUAUCAGGUUCAGAGCGACCAGACACUGUAAGGGGGGCAUCAGCGUGGUGCAUGCUGGUCCGUAUGCCGGCCUGGGGUUCAAGGACACGGCGACAGCGGUAAAAGACUAAACAGAGCCAGACUCGUCUUCGGCGUCCCCUUCUCUGCGACCAAGGAAGGGGUGUGUGUAAGUGUGUGUGUGUGUGUGUGUACGCGUAUGAGAGGAGGUGUUCGUGGUCGUACCGACAGAUGCACUGUCGUGCUGCUGCUUCAGCCAUCCCCAUGAUCUUUGACCCCCUGAACAUGCGUGAAUGGCCGUCGUCAUGGAGACGUGGACACUUGACCUUCGUGCCCCGGCACCGCCGAUGAGGAAUCAUCUCUGCUACUCUGAGAAAGACUGCAACUGCUACUCCAAAGCCCUGCCCCAUGGGAGGGGCUAGUUCUUCAUGUCCUUUUAUGAUUCGCUGGUUUUGUUAAGUGUUCUGGCCAGUGAUCCUCACCUUCAAAACCUGUGAACCAAACCUGGAAUGUAACAUUUGUUACACACACACACACACACACACACACACGCACGCACGCACAGAGCCAUGCACAGUUGUUGCACGACACGUAUUUAUUUAUUUAUAUGUGUGCAUUAACACACGUGUUUCGCGCGUGCAUGCGUACGUGCAUGCGAGUGCACGUUUGUGUGUUUGUGUGUGCGUGGACUGUAUCAAGCUGGCAUUUCAUAAAUACUAACAACCAUCUGAAAGAACCUGUCGCUUGAAAAGAAAAAAAAAACCCUACCUCAGAUGAAGCCAGUUUUUGACUUACGCAAACAAAAAUGAUAUAUAUUGAAAAACUAUUUAUUUUCAGUACUGAAUGUUUUCAUAAAAUGCCAAUCCAAGGCCUUAUUGACUGUACUGUCAGACAGUGUUUUCUUUGAGGACAUUCGCUAAUCCACACACAUGUUCGCAGUGGAUCAGAGAUAAAGUGCGUAUCAUGGAAACAGAAUGUCCCCAGGUUUUGUCUCAUCACGAACUUGCUCCGUGAUCAAAGAUUUCUUAUAUUAUUACUGUUAUUAUUCUUUUAAGUGUUACGCAGAUAUUUAAAGGACUUUAAUAUAAUUCUAUUUAUGAGAGCUGGUGAAUGCAGCAUCACACACGGGCACAUAUGCAAAACAGCCUUUCCAGAGAUGGACACAGAUUCGUUCGGCACGAGGCCAGCCAGACAGGUAGACAGACGGUACAUGCGAUAUUCCUGAUCACGAUGCACACGAUGUCAGACCCUCAGAGAGCCUCCACUGACUCGCUCACCACUAUUAUCCUCGCAAAAACGAUAACAACUCAGCCUUUUCCAAUGCCUUAGCACCGGGACUGUCGGCUCGAUGUUUUACUCAGCACCUGCUCCACCGAUGAGCCUCCAGCGGGAUCUGAUUGGCUCAGAGGCCAGUUUCAGUACUGUGUCAGUGUCAGUCAGUAGUGUCAGACAAGGCCAGUGUCAGUACUGUGUCAGUGUCAGUAGUGUCAGGCAGGCCCAGUGUCAGUACUAUAUCAGUGUCAGUCAGUAGUGCCAGACAGGACCAGUGUCAGUACCAGCGUCAGUGUCAGUAGUUUCAGACAGGGCCAGUGUCAGAACUGUGUCAGUGUCCGUCAGUAUUGUCAGACAGGACCAGUGUCAGAACUGUGUCAGUGUCCGUCAGUAUUGUCAGGCAGGCCCAGUGUCAGUACUGUGUCAGUGUCAGUCAGUAUUGUCAGACAGGGCCAGUGUCAGUACUGUGUCAGUGUCAGUCAGUAUUGUCAGACAGGGCCAGUGUCAGUACUGUGUCAGUCAGUAGUGUCAGGCAGGCCCAGUGUCAGUACUGCGUCAGUGUCAGUCAGUAGUGUCACACAGGCCCAGUGUCAGUACUGCGUCAGUGUCAGUCAGUAGUGUCACACAGGCCCAGUGUCAGUACUGCGUCAGUGUCCGUCAGUAGUGUCAGACAGGACAAACUCCUUUGAUUGUAACACAGGACACGUUUGAAUGUAGGGUAUUCCGGAGCUCCCCCACGCACGAGCAAAGUACGGACAAAGCAGAAUGAAACAAACGCAGUCUAAUUUAAGACUGACAUCAAAACCAGUCAAAACAAACAAGCAAAAUGAAACAAAUUCACAUUUUCUUAAAGUAUAUGAAUACAUUUGCCUAAAAAUGUGUACAUAGCGUGUUUGUGUUUGUGUGUGUGUGUGUGUGUGUGUGUGUAUACACACAAGUAUGAUAAUGCAACUGACAUACAGUUGUUUUUAAGUUAAAGAUAAAUUGAAAUGUAUGUUUUUGUACAUAACAGUAUAUGUUUGAAUGGAUUUCCCCAAACAAUUCUAGCACUAAUGAAGGUACUUUUCCCAAACCCUGAUGUUUGGCCUGAGUUUUUCUUUUCUUAUUCAAUGGGCAGGUUUGUAAAGGUACACAAACUACAAUAAACGCCACUAAGGAAAUAUUUUAUAAUGCUGUAACAUUUAAAAUAAAAGAGUACAGAAAAUCUAAUUGAAUAAUACUUGAUAUUAUGAGAGAAAAUCUAGGUACAAUUCACAAAUGGCAUAUGCAAUAUUUACAUUUUUAAAGAUUAGUUUACAUAACGAAACCAAAUGUAUAAAUACUGUGUUCAUAAUGUUUGUUAAACCCUAAAAGGACUUUUGCUGUACAGGUUUGGUUUGCUAUGGGGUCUUAGCAGUGAUGUCAGCAGUGUUCUGUCCUUUUUCAGUAUGGAGAAGAUGACUAUUUCAAGGGUUUGCAUUUUAUUUAAAAACAUUUUUGCUGUGUCUUCCAUUGUACAUAUUUCAUAUACUGCGCAUUGUGAUGCUACGAGCAGAUAAUUUAAUCUUAGUGUAGUUAGUAUUGCUUUGGAAAGUGUAAUGGAUAUGAAUAGCCACAUGCAAUAAACGGCAACAUUAUUUAAAUGUUCA